UCGCUGCGAGAGAGAUACCGCAUCUCUGAGCGCUGAGAUGUGACAGCGUGGUACAAGCAUAUUAUUUUGGAGAAAUACCAUGGGCGUCCCGGUGGAAGUUGAAAAUGUUAGACCUAAAGGCUGGGGGGUCCGGCACACGCAAACCCUGCUUCUCUUUAUCGGCAUGCUAUUGGCAUUCAGCAUGCGAGUCAACAUGAGUAUGGCCAUAGUCGACAUGACCGAUAUGCAUUCGACCAAUGAAAACACGACCGAUGUGGACACCACCAGUAAUAACUUCACUGAGACUAACAUUACACAUUUAGAAGAAAACAGAGGCGUACACUUCGACUGGGAUCACCAGAAGAAGACAGUGAUCCUUUCUUCCUUCUUUUGGGGCUACGUGAUCCUACAGAUCCCCGGCGGAGAGCUGGCUAAGAGGCUGGGGGGGAAGAUCCUCAUCACCAUUUCCAUCGUGGUCAACUCUUUGAUAUCUUUUGUGCUGCCCAUUAGUGCUGUAAUUGGGGGUUGGAAGUUCGUGAUAUUCUGGAGAGUGCUGCAAGGCCUCACGCAAGCCUUCGUGUACCCCUCCAUGCAUCAUCUCGUCAGCCAGUGGAUUCCGCAGGAGGAGAAGGGGAGGUUGAGCACCAUCAUCUAUGCAGGUGGCCAGCUAGGACUCGCCAUACAGCUCAUAGCCUCAGGGUUCAUAGCAACAGCUUGGGGCUGGCAAGCCAUUUUCUACACCAACGGCAUCCUCGGCUUGAUCUGGACCGGCGCCUACUUCUACCUUGGGUCCCAAUCUCCAGAAGCUUCCAAAUUAAUUUCAAAAGAGGAACUGGCUUAUAUCCAAACUUCUUUGGGAAGAGUUGGGAAGCAAAAGAAAUAUCCAACUCCUUAUAAGAAGAUUGCCCUUUGCUUGCCCUUUUGGGCCGCGGUCAUCGCGCACUGCGGCCAGAACUGGGGUUUCUUCACACUGAUGACUGAGAUGCCGUCCUACAUGUCCGACGUACUCCAAUUUAAGCUGGCCAAGAAUGGAAUGCUUUCGUCGCUUCCCUACUUGGCCAUGUUCCUGCUCAGCUUCCCCAUGGGUUCCAUGACAGAUCUCAUCAUCAGGCGCAACUGGCUCAGUGUCUCCAACACCAGGAAACUCUUUAAUUCUAUCGGUCUUUGGGGACCAGCGUUAGCAUUGAUCGGCCUGUCUUUGUCACCAUCGAGUAUGUACUGGCUGCCAGUGGUGAUGCUGAUCAUAAGUGUUGGUAUUAACGCUGGCCAGUUCACCGGAUUUAUGUUGGUAUUUAUCGACCUGGCGCCAAACUUCAGCUCAAGCCUGAUGGGAAUCUCUAAUUUCUUCGCAAACGUUGUAUCCAUUAUCGCGCCGCUCGUCUGCGGGCUCAUUGUUAAAGACAAGACGAAUGCCCAGGAUUGGCACAAGGUUUUCUACUUGGCAGCAGGGAUAUACUUCUUCACUAAUCUAUUCUUCAUCCUCUUCACCACCUCCACGCGGCAGGCCUGGAACGAGCCCGAAGUUGAUCCUGAUAUUGAAAAAAGAACCCGUCAGAAAUCCAACAGUAUCCACUAAGCGAAAUUGAAAAACGUACCUGAAACUAUUUUCCCUGUUUGUAAAUAUUUAUCAAUAUAGAAUUAUAUUUCGACAAAAGUA